AUGUCGUUCGUUCUUUUUCCGGCAUCCUUAGCUGUGUCGAGCACACAUUACACUUUGCGGAGCGCUAAACAAUGUCUAAAAGAGGACGAGGAGGAUCCGCGGGAGGAAAAUUCCGCAUCUCACUGGGUCUGCCAGUUGGCGCCGUCAUCAACUGCGCUGAUAACACAGGUGCCAAGAACCUAUACGUUAUCGCCGUCCAUGGAAUCCGUGGUCGUUUGAACCGACUUCCUGCCGCAGGAGUCGGUGAUAUGUUUGUGGCCACCGUCAAGAAGGGUAAACCGGAGCUGCGUAAAAAAGUUAUGCCAGCGGUGGUUAUCCGGCAGAGGAAACCGUUCCGCAGGCGAGACGGGGUGUUCCUCUACUUCGAGGACAAUGCGGGGGUGAUAGUGAACAACAAAGGUGAAAUGAAGGGAUCUGCUAUUACCGGCCCUGUCGCGAAGGAAUGUGCGGAUCUGUGGCCUCGUAUCGCUUCCAACGCCGGCUCGAUAGCGUAAGGACGGACCUGACCUGGCAGUUGUAUGAAUUUUACAUGGGAUAUAACAGUCUGUUUAUAUCUUCUGGCACGAUCUCCCACAAGAUCGGAGAAAAUUUAUCGGAAUAAAGGGAAAGUGAAGUGAGAAAAACGAAUGUUAAAAACUGA